AUGCCGUUCGAGCAGGGAGAGCUGCCCGAGCCGAACUCGUGUGUGCGCAUUCAAAUAACUAUAUCCCGGAUUCUUUGCCGUUUCCGCUGGCCACGAUUUUCGACUGCGCAAGUCUGUCAUUUCUUUCAUUCACCUACGAACACAAUGGUUCUCUGGAGCCUAGUCACUCUUUUCUCUCUGGUUGUCAAUGCGUCACCAGUUGUCCACACUCUGAGAGAAGAGCCUCAUGCACUUCAACAACGGACAAAUGUUACCGUUGACAAAUGCUCUCCUUCUUCGCCAGACGGCAUACAGCCAGAAUGCUGGGAGGUUCUGGAAAUGAAUAAUCAUCUCAACGAUUGGUGGUCGAAAAAUUCCGAGAGAUGCAAGUCGCAAAAUAAGGGUUUUGGCCAAUGCUACUUAGAUACCGCCGGUUUAAUCACAUGGAGCUGCGACUUCGUAGCGCUGAACGGGUGCACACCGCCUCCCAGCGGGCGCAAUGCCGAAUAUGCGUCGUAUCAGGAAUUCUAUGUAAGUUUUGAGAGGCUUCCAGAACCAAGAUCGUCGCUAAUGACCCCGGCACAGGUUAUCUCCAUCAACCUCUUCUUUACCAACUACCAUGCAGCUCUUCUCCAAGGCCAGGCCACCGCAAUUGGAACCGUUGCCGAGAUUGUCAAAGUAGUUGCGCCGCCAAAAGACUCGCAUCCCAAGACGCCCCUUUUCGCUCCAAUUUACGCCGUGACACUUGGACAGUUUGCGGCUUUCGGCCCCCUUUUUGGCGCCUGGAUCCCGGGAGCUAUCAUGUUUAAUUCACUGGCCGGUGUCCUCGGUGGUGGUAUCGGUCUUUAUAACAUUUUGUUCCCGAAUAAGCCGGUAUACCAAGUACCGUGGGAGGGACUUUCGGAAGCUUUGUCUCAGCACGUAAAUGACUACCAGAAGCAAGUGGGCGACACGUUGACGGAAAUCCAAACCGAUUUCAAGACGUUUGCCGCGAUUACUUCCCAAGGAGCGUUCAGUGUGAAAAUGAAGACCGACCUUCCCGAAAACACCGAUUUCAUGUUUCACAACCUCCUCAAGUGGGUGUUCAACCAGGCCCUGCAGCAGGCCGAUUACUUUGCAGUAAAGAACCCCGGCGUUGACCCUCGUUUGAUCCCAAUCGACCCCUAUGACUGCAGCAAACUCGACGACCACAGUACCUGCGGGCCAAUCUGGUACGAUGGCAAAGAUGCCUAUGGCCUUGCCAGGGCAAACGAUAUUGGAAUGGAUCGCAUGCAGGAGAUAUUGGGCACAGCGUUCUCCAAGAACUGGACGACUCCCCGUGAACUCUACAUUGAUUCGCAAGAAUGCCAGGGGAAGAACGGCUCCGACGCAUUCGAUGUCAAGGACUUGUCAUUGAGCUGUGCUUCGAAUAUUCCCGUAUGCGAGUUCAACUUUGACUACAACCCUUACCAGGCCCUCAACCAACGUAACAACCCGCCAGAAUUCAUCAACUGCCCGGACCAGAGAGGCUACGGAGUACCUAUGUUCUGGAGUAGCGAAUCGGGAGUUCCACUUACCUACCUUGGUCCGUUCCUGAUGUCUGGCGUGAAGUACAACGAGAAGGACGGCUAA